AUGGCUCUGCGGACAAGCCCGACGAUAACAGCCCAGCUGGGCAAGCUGUCGCUGUCGCUGUGGAUCGGCGGUGGCAGCAGCAGCGUCAACAUCAACAACAUGACGCCCUCGGGCUACAACACCAUAAUAAAACGGCUCGCGCACACACGAUCGCGGAUGCGGAAACUGGCAAAGGAGGAGCCGCCAAAGCCACCGACGCAACUGCAGAAGAAGAAGCGCAAGGGCGAGAGGAUAGAGCCGAGCUUCGAGCCCGGCCACGGCGAGAAGAUCUACGUCUUCAACCACUUCCUCGACGGCAUGACCGUGUACUCGCACGAGCCCGUGAUGAAGGCCUCCCGCGCCCUCAAACAGAUCCCCUUCAACGGCAAGAAGCUCAAACCGGCCAAGCUGCGCAAGGACUACUGGCGGCCGAUGGCGCUGAUCCAGUUCCCGGCCGGGCAAAGCGCCGUUGGCCGCAGCGUGUACCAGCGGCUGCGCGAGUGCAAGCGCCUGCACGAGCUGGCCUGGGACGACGCGACCCUGUACGACCGCGACACGGGCCGCACCCUCACGCGCCUGCAGCGGGGGCGCCGCCUCAACGACCAGAAGGCCAACACCGUCGCCGACAUGGCCUUCGUGCUCGGCGGCGCCGGCAAGGGCAACAAGAUGUGGGUCUCGGAGGACGCGGGGCUUGUCGAGUCGUCCAAGGGCGAGGUCGAUGCCGAGACCCCCGAUGCUGGCGCGGUGGUCAAGACCAAGACGGAGGAGGGUCUGAAGUCCCUGGUCAAGGCUACGGUCUGGUGGCGUGACGAACUCGACCGGAACCACGCCAGGGAGUGGCCCGACAACGUCACGCAUCAGCUCUUCGAGGAGGCUCAGCUCGUGCCGAUUGAGGUUGAGGAAGCUGCAGCUGAGGAACUGGACGGUGGUGAUGGUGGUGGAGAGGGUGGUGAGAAGCCUCAAAGAGUACCGACAGAACUGGUGGCAGAGCAGGAACUCGUCAGGGGUUCCGGGCAGAGCCAAAGACUAUGA